AUGGAGGUUUCCAGGUCAGGACGGAUUGAUGGGGAGAGCUCAAGGGGGAUUUUGCUUGAAGAAACAGAGAAGGAUGGAGGAUGGCCCGCGGGUCGGUCCACCGGCUCAACUGCACUCCAUUUAAAACCCGUCUUCGCUCGGUCAUUAAUAUCUCCUUCUUCUUCUUCUUCUUCUUCUUUCUCCUCUCUAUGGCGGACACCGCAACUCGAGCGAUUCCUCCGAGAAUGGAGUUCUCCGACGAGGCUGCGGCCGGCGGAGCUGCGGCGGCGGCGGCUGCGGCGGCGGCGGAGGAGCAGGAGGAGGAGGGCGCCGUCGCCGGCGGAGAUCAGCGAGGUCGAGAAGAGCAAGAUCGGCAUCAUGCGGGCCGUCGUGGAGCGGGACGACCCUUCCGCCAAGGAUGUCGAUGAUUUUAUGAUACGGAGGUUUCUGCGAGCUCGGGAUCUAGAUAUAGAGAAGGCUUCCAAGCUAUUUCUGAAGUACCUGAGCUGGAGACGGUCUUUCGUCCCCAAUGGGGUCAUAUCGGCAUCAGAAGUUCCAAAUAACCUUGCUCAGCGGAAGUUGUUUAUGCAAGGUCUUGACAAAAAGGGACGGCCUAUAAUAGUUGUGUACGGGGGUAGACAUAAUCCUUCAAAAGGAAGUCUCGAGGAGUUCAAGCGUUUUGUGGUCUACACUCUUGACAAAAUAUGUUCCAGAAUGCCUGGAGGGCAGGAGAAGUUUAUGGGCAUAGGAGAUCUUGAAGGAUGGGGAUACAAAAGCAGCGACAUUCGUGGAUACUUAGCAGCAUUGUCAAUCUUGCAGGACUGCUAUCCGGAGAGGCUGGGCAAGCUCUUUCUUAUUCAUGUGCCUUACAUAUUUAUGACUGCAUGGAAGAUGGUUUACCCAUAUGACCCUAAGACGAAAAAGAAGAUUGUUUUUGUCGAUAACAAAAAACUGAGAACUACUCUGCUCGGGGACAUCGAUGAAAGCCAGCUCCCGGAUGUAUAUGGAGGCAGGUUGCCACUAGUUGCCAUUCAAGACAGCUAAAUUCUGCUCAAAUUACAAGAAUUUUCUCCUCAUUUCUUUUCUGGCCGUGGGUCUAUAUUGUAGAAUAUAAUGAAGAUAUAAUUUGAUAAAAUGUGGAACAACAGCCAAAUAUUUCAUGGCUGAACUCUCUUGAUGAUAGGUAUUUCUCGGUAUUCAUAUUCUUUGUUUGAGGGACUUAUAGGCAUAUACCAGGUAGUGAUGUCCAA